ACUUGUAUAAGAGUCCGCCACUUCCUCAUUUCCUUCAUCCACUCCAAAAACAUCACACAUUUUCCCUGACCACAUGGCCCUUGUCCGUGAACGCCGACAGAUUAACCUCCGUCUCCCCGAACUCUCAGACUGCCGCCCACGCUUCCCUUUACCCCCCACCACCACCACCACCACCACCACCACCAGCAACAACUCCUCUAACAUAUCGUGCAAUGAUAUUGAGAAAAUACAUGUGCUAGGCCAUGGUAAUGGUGGCACGGUCUAUAAAGUACGGCAUAAGAGGAAUUCGCAAAUUUAUGCACUUAAAGUUGUGCAUGGAGAUAGUGACCCACUAGUCCGCCGCCAGAUCUACAGAGAAAUCGAGAUCCUGCGCCGUACAGAUUCUCCCUAUAUUGUUCAGUGCCAUGGAAGUUAUGAAAAACCAUCUGGGGACAUCGGGAUUGUGAUGGAAUACAUGGAAUUGGGGACACUUGAUUCAAUUCUGCAAAAAUAUGGUGCGUUUGAUGAGUCCAAGCUGUCACAUGUGGCGCGGCAGGUUCUGCAUGGUCUUAGUUAUUUACAUGGCCAGAAGAUCAUUCAUAGAGACAUCAAGCCUUCGAAUUUGCUGGUUAACAAGGACAUGGAAGUGAAGAUUGCUGAUUUUGGUGUUAGUAAAAUCAUGCAACGCACGCUAGAUGCUUGUAAUUCCUAUGUUGGUACCUGUGCUUACAUGAGUCCUGAGAGGUUUGAUCCUGAUACCUAUGGUGUGAAUUACGAUGGUUAUGCCGGUGAUAUUUGGAGCUUGGGACUUACUCUGAUGGAACUUUAUCUGGGUCAUUUUCCAUUUCUUCCACCGGGUCAAAGACCCGAUUGGGCUACUCUUAUGUGUGCUAUUUGUUUCGGCGAUCCGCCGAGCUUGCCGGAGGGAGCAUCUGAGGAGUUCCGGGACUUCAUUCAGUGUUGCUUGCAGAAGGAGUCUAGUAAGAGGUGGACGACAUCUCAACUAUUGUCUCACCCUUUUGUAUGCAAAGAUCCAAGAUCCGAUUUAGUGGACUUGUGAUUUGACCCGAAUGCCCAGUUAACUUUUUGGGCUGGGAACAUAUUUUUGGAAUUUUCUUUCAUUUGUACAUUCUCUUUAUCCGAAGCUUUUGUAGCUUUUGUUCAUUCAAGCAGUGAAACUGCUCUUGAAAUGAGAGGAUUUUUUUUUA